UGACUUUGUGUGUGCGUGAGCCGGAAUUGUUUAUGUUCCAUCAUGACUCUGAGAAAUAGGAAAUUCUCACUGGACAGCUCUGGUAUCGUGGAAGGAGGUGAUAUUUUUGGCACGAGAAGAAGCAGUUUUAUAUCUAGUACAAAGAAAAAUAAACAGAACACGAUGCUGGACGCAGUACAACUGGAGGGCCAACUAAAUCACAGCCUUGACUCCAACAUGGCCCUGAGAGAGCAGACCAUAGCAGAGGAGAAUCUUCAGCGCUCAGAUGAUCACUACUUCAAGCACAAUAAAAGCUUCAACAAGCUGUUUCCAGAGAUUCCUGUGUGGGACAGCCUGGCACACGCUUUCACGUGUUCCCUGCAGAAGGAAGUGCUGUAUCACGGAAAACUCUUUGUUUCUCAGAACCAUGUGUGUUUCCACUCAUCUGUGCUGCUCAAAGACACCAAGGUGGUGAUUCCUGUUUCCAGCAUAAAGGAUGUGAAGAAACAUGGCUCAGCCCUGUCUAUGCUUUCUAUACAGACUGCUGAAGAGAAGUACUCGUUUGUGUCUUUGAGAAACCGUGAGAAGUGGGUUUAA